UCUCAAAACCCUUCCCUUCUUCUCUCAGACUCUCUCUCUCAGUAGAAGCAAAUGGUUGGAGGCGUCGAAGAAACAACCAAAGCGGUCUCCGAGCUCACCAUGGAUCCAUCAUCAACCACUCCUGAAGCUUCUUCUGAAUCUACAAGCAAAAAUGCUUUGAAGAAGGCGCAAAAGAUGAAACAGAAAGAGGAGGAGAAGAGGUUAAAGGAGGAAGAAAAGAAAAAGAAGGCUGAGGCCAUGGCAAGCUCCAAGGCGGCUAGUAAUCCUAAUCCUGAUGAUGAAGAUAUGGAUCCCACUCAAUACUUUGAAAAUAGGGAGAAAUGGCUUGCGUCCCAGAAGGCUUCAGGAAGCAAUCCUUAUCCUCACAAGUUCUUUGUCACAAUGACUCUUACCAAAUACAUUAAAAAGUACGAAACAUUGGCUGAUGGUGAACAUCUCGAAGAUGUCGAAGUUUCAUUGGGUGGUAGGAUUAUGCACAAGAGAACUUCAUCUUCGAAGUUGUUCUUUUAUGAUUUGCAUGAUGAGGGCUUAAAGGUUCAGCUCAUGGUUGACGCAAGGAAAUCUGACAUGGACGAAGCUGAAUUUACACGCUUCCAUUCUGGUGUCAAACGUGGUGACAUUGUUGGUGUUACUGGAUUUCCAGGAAAAAGCAAAAGAGGAGAACUAAGUCUUUUCCCCAAAUCUUUCGUUGUUGUAUCUCACUGUCUUCAUAUGAUGCCAAGAAAUAAAGCUGGUCCUGGCGGUGAUAAUGCAAAUGCCAAGAAAACUGAUCUAUGGGUACCCGGAAGUACAAGAAAUCCCGAAUCAUACACAUUGAAGGAUCAGGAAACAAGAUACCGUCAGCGUUACUUGGACUUGAUGUUGAAUAUGGAGGUGCGGCAAAUAUUUAAAACUCGAGCUAAGGUUGUUUCAUACAUUAGGAAAUUCCUUGACGAUCUCGAUUUCCUGGAGGUAGAAACCCCCAUGAUGAACAUGAUUGCUGGUGGAGCAGCAGCCAAGCCAUUUGUUACGCAUCAUAAUGACCUGAACAUGAGGCUGUUCAUGCGUAUUGCCCCUGAGCUUUUCCUUAAGCAGCUGAUUGUUGGUGGAUUGAACCGUGUGUACGAGAUAGGAAAACAAUUCAGAAAUGAAGGGAUUGAUUUGACACACAAUCCAGAGUUCACCACGUGUGAGUUUUAUAUGGCUUUUGCAGAUUACAAUGACUUGAUGGAUCUCACGGAGAAGAUGUUGAGUGGUAUGGUCAAGGAACUAACUGGUGGUUAUAAAAUUAAGUAUCAUGCAAAUGGAUUGGACAAGGAACCAAUAGAGAUUGACUUCACUCCUCCCUUCAGAAGGAUUGAAAUGAUAGGAGAGUUGGAGAAGAUGGCUGGCCUUGAGAUACCCAAGGAUCUAUCAAGCGACUUAACCACCAAGUAUUUGCUGGAUGCUUGCACCAAGUUUGAUGUCAAGUGCCCUCCUCCUCAAACAACAACGCGGCUGUUGGAUAAGCUUGUUGGACACUUCUUGGAGGAGACAUGUGUUAAUCCAACCUUCAUCAUUAACCAUCCUCAGAUAAUGAGCCCCUUGGCGAAGUGGCAUAGAUCAAAGCCAGGCUUGACAGAACGUUUUGAAUUGUUCAUCAACAAGCAUGAACUUUGCAAUGCAUAUACAGAGUUGAAUGAUCCUGCGGUACAACGUGAAAGAUUUGCCGAACAAUUAAAGGACCGACAAUCUGGUGAUGAUGAAGCAAUGGCACUAGACGAAACAUUUUGCACGGCUUUGGAGUAUGGAUUGCCCCCCACCGCUGGUUGGGGUUUGGGAAUUGACCGGCUCACUAUGCUGCUUACUGAUUCACAGAAUAUCAAGGAGGUUCUUCUGUUCCCUGCUAUGAAGCCUCAGGACGAACCUGCUGCUCCCAAAGCAACUUAGGCCAGUUGUGGAGGAUUUUUGACACGGAACUCUUGUUAACAUUGAAGAGUUUCAGCAUUAAUUUUAGCUCAGCCCAGAGAGUUUGCUUUUUGCUGGAUAAAGUUGGAGAGAUUCAACUGAUUUUUUCUUGGCCUAAAGUUUGUUUUUACUGGUUUCGUUCUUGGAUCACAAUUCACUACUUGGGUCUCUAUACUACGUAAAAUCUCUAAUUGUUGUCCUCUCAAUUAGCGAGUCUUUUACUUUUUCAUACUAGAUGUGUGCACUGAGAUCGUGAAAUUUUAGCUUUUAAAUUCAAAAUUUUUGUGUAAUUUUAUUGAACUACAUACAUCACAUGUGAAAUACGAAACCUGUUAUUCUUUUCCUUA